AAAAAAUCAAUAAAACCAACAGUAAGGUUCAAUUGACCCAUAAACCAAGUGGAUUGGUAGUUACCUGCCAGUAUUCCAGGUCGCAGGAAUCAAAUAGAAAGAAAGCAAGAGAAAUUCUAGCCUUGAAGUUGGACGAAAUGCAGAAUCCAGAAACUUGUCGAACUGCAGUUUUGAAUACCAGGAAGACGUUACUCAAGAAAUCUAAAAGCAAAAAAUCAAAUAAGAAGUAUAAGAAAUUGGAUGAGGAAAACCAGUUGGCAAAAGAGAAAGAGCAUGAGCUUCUAGCACAAGUGGUCGACCCUGAAGCUGAGUUGGAUCAGUUAAUGAAGAAGGUUUAGUUUUUUUGCGCUAAAUUUGCAACCAGCUUUAAAAAAAAAGGAUGAGCGCUAGAAACACCCACUUCUAACCCGGCGGUUUUACAUCGAAAAAUGGUAUCUAAUAGAGUUGUAGUUGGUUCUGUGGUUGGGAUUGUGUUUGGGUUUAUGUUGCUUGUUGGGUUGCUUGUGGGAUUUUGCUGCUGUGUUGUGAUUGAUGUGCCUGGUAAGCGGGUAAAAAUUACUGAUUUGAGAAUCAUGAUUGUUUCAAAGCUGAAGGUAGGAGACAUCGAGCAGUUGAGCUCCGAGGAGGCGAAGGCAGUCGAUGAAGAUUUGAAUUCAAGUGGCGACGGUUCAAGAAAGAAAGACGACCAAGCCAGCUUAUUGAAGUUAGGUUCGAUUAAAACCCAGGGCGGCGAUGAAGGAACCGACCAAUAUGAUAGUUUAUCGCGUACUUUAGUAAUACAAAAGAUGCUACAAGAGAAGAGUCCGAUCAAGCAAGUACGCGAUCCCUACAGCGAAAGUGUGAUUGAAGUUGGAGUGGUGGUAGUAGUGGUGAAGGAAUUUCUGGGAAGCGAGGCGAAUGAGUUUAAGAUGUUGCAAACGGGGGAUUUACUUAGAGUGAUGAAAUUCUAUUAUAAGGAACCUAAAAAGGAAGAACAAAGGGUGUUGCAACUUUCUAAGCAAAAUGAUCAGGAAAAAGAAUUUAUUGAUAAUAAUACAAAAGAAGAAUUUAUGGAUCAGGAUGAUUUGAAAUAUGACCAGAUAUAUUGUACAGGGGUGAUAUUGAACACUUAUUUAGAGUAUGAUGGUGGAUUAUCAAUAAGGUUUCGGCCAACGAGCGAAAUAAGGGAUGGAGAAUUGAUGAAAGAUUUCCCGUUGAGUUCAAUAUCUUUAGAAACCACGGUGCUUAAAAGCGUUUAGUUUGAUUUGAAUUGCUCAUAAGAUUUCCAAUCCUCCAAGGCUUUUAUUGCCGAUUGCCAAUUGGAAUAAAGAAUAUCAUUUUCUUGUCUUAAUUUUGAGAUUGUUGGAUCAGAUGAAGUCGAGUCGAUUUGAGAAUCAAUCGAAUUGAUCAAAUCAUUCAAAUAAUGGAAGUUUUUAUAAACGUUAUUGAUCAACGGUUUAGAUAAGAUUUCAAAAGAUUCAAGUUCGUCGGAGUCGUCAUUCA